AACAGUUGCUGGUGCCGGGUCUUACAGAAGAUUGUUUCCUCCUAAAUACAACGUGUAUUUCCAACCUCCAACACCUACGAGUAACAACAUUUAACUUUUACGUGUUGACAUAUUACUACUACAAGUCCGCGGAAAGUAGAGACUCGAUUGAGUGUGUGCAAUGGGUCGACGGAAGUCCAAAAGAAAGCCCCCUCCGAAGAAGAAGAUGACAGGAGACUUGGAGUCUCAGUUCACCUGUCCUUUCUGCAACCACGAGAAGGCUUGUGACGUCAAAAUGGAGAGGAGCAGAAAUACUGGGAUAAUAUCGUGCUCAGUCUGCCUGGAAGAGUUUCAGACCCCUAUCACCUACCUGUCAGAGCCAGUUGAUGUGUACAGUGACUGGAUAGAUGCCUGCGAAGCAGCCAAUCAGUAGCCCUGGUGAUGCCGAAUGUCUAUCGGGGGGCGGGGGGGUGGAGGAUGAUGAUGCGGCUGGUGAAUGCAGGCCCAUCAGGAUCAAGCUGGUCAAGGGACAAUUCUGAAACUUGAAUUAUUCAGUUUUCUGUAUGGUCACUUGAGUUUUACAGCUAUGUGAACAGAAGUUUUCACUGAUGAGGUCUUCGUCACUAAGUGGCUCUGAAGUGUUCCUGUUCUUUUCUGAUUUCUCCCCCUUUCUGUGUAAGCCACAACUCUAGUGUUCAGUCAUUAUGAAACGAGUUGUUACAUAAUUUGUGACAUGCAGUGAUGACUGAUUUUUUUUUCUUUGCACCUUGAAUGAGGCAUUUUAUGUUUGUUUUAUUAAUUUUAUUUGAUGGGCCUCUGAGAUGCUUUGGAUGAAAAGAAGCUCUUAAAUGUCAACCAAAAUGUGAUCUUUCUUUCAUUUUUUUGGAAACACCAAAAUAUUAUUAGCUGCUUGAAUGUUCUGUUAUGAAAGAGAAUGUGAGAAUUUAAAAACAAAUCCUAAUAUUGGUAUUUUAAUGUGAAAUGGACAGUGUCAAAAGUGUUUUGGGCAAGAGAAAUGGGAAUAUGUGGAUCUUUAAAAUCUGAAAAAAAUCACUUGUUAGAAAUUGUUCAUUACACACUAGCUGCAGGACCUAACUUUUUUUUUUUACAAAGUGUAAUCUAAUAGUGAACUCUUCCACACAUUUGAGGCAGGAUGUUACAGUUUUAUGUUCACAGUAAUAAUUACCCACAGCUCUCAGCAUCCUCUUGAUGACAGAUUUGUCACAACAUCAGAUUGUUCCACUGGAGAACGGAAAGGAAAUGUAUAAGAUUAAUCUACAGAUGCUAAGUUUAAAAGUUUUGAAUUGUUCUGAAUUUAUUCAGUCAAUAUUUUUUGGUUAAUUUUCACAAAAUUAAUUUACUUAAGGGGUAUAUUUGUCAGUAAAUAAUUUGCAAAGAGUAAAGAUAUUUUUUCUUAUUAAAGAAGCAUGAAAAUAUUUAAAUCAAGCUGUGCGAAUUUCACAAAAUUUUGAUCUUGAAAAUAAAUGAGCAAUAACACUUGAAACAAUCUAAGCUGGUGUUUACAACUAUGUCAAUUAUACAAUUAAAGAACAUGCACACUAACAUGAAAUGUGUGGAAAACCAGAACCACUCGUAAGUUUGAUUAGAGUUGUUUUCCUAUUUGUUAAAGCAGUUUUUGCACAUCACACUAGCACUGUUUAUGUCUUAUGCAGGCAGGCUGGUAUAUAUUAGCAUAAUAGUUCCAUUUUUAAUGCUUGCCCAUAAAGAGCAAAGCCAAAUGGGCUCAGAUUUCUUUUAUGUAAACAGACCUGGCCAAUGGGGCUUCACAUCACAUCGCUAAACAUUAUGAGGCGUGGCGGCCUUGUUGGGGUACAAU